AAACGAAGAAGAAGUGUGCCGUUUUUAACUUCCAAGUUCGUACUCGUUUAGUAGUUAAGACUUAACCACCAUCUCUCUCUCUCUCAUUCAACUGUUGACUCGUUUAGCAAAGUCACAUUCAUCACUGUAAUGUAAUGUAAUGUAAUCAAUGGUUAACAUUUCAUCAUCAUCAUCAUUCAGUUCCACCAUCACUACUCAACCAUGAAGAAACUCCCCGUCCGUUACCUCAUCGUCCUCCUAACCUUCAUCUGCACCUCCGUCUGCUACAUCGAACGCGUCGGUUUCUCAAUCGCCUACACCGUCGCCGCCGACGCCGCCGCCGUCAACCAAUCCACUAAGGGCACCAUCCUCUCCACCUUCUACUACGGCUACGCCUGCUCCCAAGUCCCCGGCGGAUGGGCCGCUCAAAAAAUCGGUGGCCGCCGUGUCCUCCUCCUCUCCUUCGUCCUCUGGUCCCUCACCUGCGCCCUCGUUCCUCUAGAUCCCAACCGCGUCUUCCUCCUCGUCGUCGCUAGGUUACUCGUCGGCGUCGCUCAGGGUUUCAUCUUCCCUUCUAUCCACACCGUGCUCGCGCAGUGGGUCCCCCCGCACGAGAGAUCCAGAUCUGUGUCGCUCACUACCUCCGGAAUGUACCUUGGUGCUGCCAUGGGAAUGCUGCUUCUCCCGAGCUUAGUCAAAUUCCGUGGUCCUCAAUCAGUGUUUGUUGCUGAAGCUGCAUUGGGUGGGUUUUGGUCUUUGCUUUGGUUCAGGUAUGCUUCUGAUCCCAAAGCUACUGCUUCUGGUGCUGGUGAAACGUUGUUACCUGUGAAUAAGAAAGUUGAUGCUGAUCGGAAAAAAGGGUCAUCACUGGAUUCUCAUUCUCAUUCUCAUUCUCAUUCAGCUGGGAGAAUGAGAAUCCCUUGGUUGAAAAUCAUGACUAGUUUGCCUGUUUGGGCGAUUGUGGUGAACAAUUUCACUUUUCACUAUGCUUUGUAUGUGCUCAUGAACUGGCUUCCUACCUACUUUGAAUUGGGUCUUAAGCUUAGUCUUCAUGAUAUGGGUUCUUCUAAGAUGAUGCCUUAUUUGAACAUGUUUUUGUUUUCCAACAUUGGUGGUGUGGUUGCUGAUUACUUGAUUACUGGGAGGAUAAUGUCGGUGACUAGGACGAGAAAGUUUUUGAAUACCGUCGGGUUUUUGGUUGCUUCUCUUGCGUUGAUGGUGAUUCCGAGUUUUAGGACUUCGGGUGGUGCUGUGUUUUGUUCUUCGGUGGCACUUGGUUUCUUGGCGCUCGGGAGGGCUGGGUUUGCGGUGAACCAUAUGGAUAUUGCUCCGAGGUAUGCUGGGAUUGUGAUGGGGGUUUCCAACACGGCCGGGACUUUGGCUGGCAUUGUUGGAGUUGACCUUACUGGGAAGCUUCUUGAAGCUGCUAAGGUUGCUAAUUCUGAUCUUUCGAGCCCGGAGAGCUGGAGGGCGGUGUUCUUCAUUCCUGGGUUUUUGUGCAUUUUUAGUUCUUUUGUAUUCUUGCUGUUUUCUACCGGGGAGAGAAUUUUUGAUUGAGGUAGCCUUACUAGCCUAGUUACUUUCAUGGCUCGGGAACUCUUAUUGAUGAGGGGGUUUAAUUUUUAUUAUAUCUCCUCCAUGUUGUGUCAUUCUUGAUAGGAGAGGUCAUGUACAGAGCUCCAGAGGCAUAACUCUUAAGCACAGUGUUGAUGGUGGUCUAUCACAGCUCUUAUGAUUUUUUUUGUUAUUAUCAAUUCUCCAACUUGUACUAUUCCUAGUUAGUAAAGGUUGCAACCUUGAUUAUAUCUUGAUUGGUUGUUACCUCUCUUUGUAUGCCUUGGAUUAAACUCAUAUUUUAGUAUGAUUAAAAAAUGUGAAUUUCACAUUUUGAGACA